GCUCUGCAUAAACUUGCCUCACAGUAUUUGAAGCGGGAGUGGUCAGGAGUCCCUUCAGAAGAUCCACGGGACUCCAGGAAGGUUUGGGCUGUAUGGAGGUCAUACCUGGAAGGUGUGAUGAAAGUGAGUCAGUCUCGUAUCAAUGGAUGUGAGAACUACAGGAGCCAGAUCUCGGAUCCCAUUAAGAAUCUCAGAGUACAGAAAGACCUGCAGCUGAAGAGGUGCUGUGAACAGCUGGCGAGAGCUCAGGCCGAUCUGCAGGUCACAAUCAGAGACCUGACGAAGACCAGAAAGACCUACCAGGAGGCGGAACAGACAGCGCAGUCUGUGAGAGAGAAAGCUGAUAUGGAGGCCAAGUCAAAACUCAGCCUGUUUCAGUCUCGCUCCAGUUUGAAGAGAGCAAGUGUGAAGCUGAAAGCCAAGAAGAACGAAUGGAAGUCCAAAGCCACUCAAGCGAGGAAUGAUUAUCUGCUCACACUGGCAGAAGCUAAUGCUCAUCAGGACCGUUACUAUGAGACAGAUCUGAUCAACUGCAUCAAGGUUCUAGAUGGCAGUUUCUACGAUUAUGUACAGAGUUUUCUGAUCUCACUGUGUCAGACGGAGCUCGAGACGUCUCAAAGCAUUCAGGGCACUUUCCAGUGCUUGCUGGAGAUGUCUAGUGGCGUGACACAGGAUAUUCACCAGCAGAUUUUCAUUCAGGAGAACCCUGUGCUUCAGAAAGCCACCCCCUUCCAGUACCAACCCUGUGAAAAUGAUUUGGUCAGUGAGCUACUGAAAGAGAGUGGCACAGCUGAAGACCACAGUCUGAAUAAGGAAGCACGGAAAUGGGCCACACGCGUUGCCAAAGAGCACAAGAACAUCAUCUUCACACAAAGGACACUGUCGGAGUAUGAAGAGUCACAUCAACAAGACCAGAUCAACAACGAGCUGGAAAUGAAAAUGGACGAUGCGAGAGAAUGCAUUCGUAAAUCAGAGACAGUAAAACUGAAGGCAGAUGCUCGUCUGAACCUGCUCAGAGAUGUGGGUGUGGCUGUAGAUGUCUGGCUGAAGAGCGCAAUGAACCAAGUGAUGGAGGAACUGGAGAACGAGAGAUGGGCUACCGUCAACAAUACCCAUGAUGCUUCCUUUUCUCAUGCUGUUGAUUUUGACCGAGAGGAUGAUGAGGACACAGAGACGCUGGAUGACAGCAGUUCCAGCCCCUCCAGUACUCACAGGAACUACCCCCUCACCUGCUCUGUGCUCUACUCUUACCAGGCAUCCCAGACUGAUGAGCUCACCAUCCAGGAACAGGAGAUACUGGAGCUUAUUGAUGAUGGGGACAUGGAGGACUGGGUUAAGGCUAGGAACAGAGCAGGGCAGGUGGGAUACGUGCCAGAGAAAUACCUGCAGCUCCCAACAUCCAGCUCUCUACUGAGCAUGCUUCAGUCUCUCUCCAGCCCGGACACCCAGUCACACACCUCCAGCACCUCUGCAGAACAUGAGCCAGAAAUAGAGACACUAACCGCACAGAUCAGUCCAAACUGUCAUGCCAGCACUAUAAAUUUGACUAGGGCUCUGUAUUGCUAUGAGGCUCAGACAGAGGAUGAGUUGUCCUUCCCAGAGGGAGCUUUGAUUCGAAUCCUCAGCAAACACAACCAGGAGGAUGAUGGGUUCUUGGAGGGCGAGUUCAAUGGUGCAGUGGGCGUCUUUCCUGCAGUGUUAGUGGAGGAUCUAUGUGGACCAGAGGGUGCACAAACACACAGGAGCAUGAAUGUGCAGGUAUCUCUGUCAGUUCAGGAUUAUCCACCCUGUUCGGUGAACCAGUUUCCAUCUUUUAGCAGCCCGGUUUCACACUCACUGACCCCCCUGACCAGCUCACACACUUUGAAUGACUACCAAACCCCAGAACCCCCCAAAAUUCCAACCCAAAGCCACGCCCACUUCCCAUUAACCAGAUCCCCAGCAGAGUGCGGGUCAUGCACCAUAAGACCUGUACGAGCUGCCCCUCCACCGCCGAAACAGCAGGCGCAGGGCCAAGUGCAGAAAAGGGAAGAGGUGGAAAUUACACUGGUGUAGGCACCACCCUAGAUGCAGAUUUUAUAGGAUUGACGCAGCCAGACUUUUAUAUUUUAAUUAAAUUUGACUUUUUUAUCCCCUUUUCUCCCCAAUUUGGAAUGCCCAAUUCCCACUACUUAGUAGGUCCUCGUGGUGGCGUGGUUACUCGCCUCAAUCCGGGAGGCAGAGUACAAGUCUCAGUUGCCUCCACUUCUGAGACCAUCAAUCCGCACAUCUUAUCACAUGGCUCAUUGUGCAUGACACCGCGGAGACUCACAGCAUGUGGAGGCUCAUGCUACUCUCCACGAUCCAUGCAUAAAUUGCACCACGUGCCACAUUGAGAGUGAGAACCACUAAUCGCGACCACGAGGAGGUUACCCAAUGUGACUCUACCCUCCCUAGCAACCUGGCCAAUUUGGUUGCUUAGGAGACCUGGCUGGAGUCACUCAGCACACGCUGGAUUCGAAUUCGUGACUCCAGGGGUGGUAGUCAGUGUCAAUACUCACUCCCAGGCCCCUGACGCAGCCAGACUCUGAUGCAUAGAUGCAUGAGUUUGAUCCUGUUGAAAUACAGAUCAUGUCAGCAAAAGGAGACUUGAUGCAGGUUGGACAAUGUGGAAUUAACAUGGUUCCAGACCUUUUUCAUCUCAGUUUUUUAGGGUAAUUAAAAAACAAAGACCAAAUGUAUUAUUGUUCACCAUCUGUGGAAUGAGCAUGCAAAAGCGGACUCUUUAAAAGCAGAAAAAGACUUUAAAAGGGAAAAGUGGCAAUUUCAGUAUAAUGAUUUUUAGACUUGUUAAUUUGUAUAUUUGAUUAUAUAUACUUAGCAUAAAUACUAUAAAGGGGUCAUGACAUGCCCUUUUUAUUAUGUUAAUAUGUUCCUUGAGUUUCACUUAUCAUAUUAGUAGGUUUUUUGCACAAAAAACAAAACAAGUCAUAUAUUUUGUAAAACAUGAUCAUUUUCCAGUAAAUAUUGGAACUCGCCUUCAUUUAGACCUUCUGUCAGAAACAUAUCAGUUUUGUUGCUCCUACUCCUUUAAGACUUGACAAUACACACCCACUGUUAUGAUUGGCUCUAUACUUUUGAAUGAUCUGCCAUCUCAUUGCUUACUGCUACUGCAGGGGCUACAGAAGUGGUUAAAGUUAAAGUAGGCUUUGAUGUGUUGUUGGUCAGAUGCAAAAUGCAUACCACAGUGUGACCACAAUCUGGAGGAAGUAUAGGAGUCGUUUUGGCAGCUUGGUUUCAACUAAUGCACUUUUUGCACAGUUCUGAAACUGAAAGUAUGUUUUCAUAGUACAAUGGCUUAUGUCAUAAGAACAAGGAAAAAAAUGUAUUGCUCAUGUCAUGACCCCUUUAAAGAUUUCAUAGUAGGGCUAACAAGUUUAGAUUCAUAUUACAGUUUUAGCUUACCUGUAACUUACUUUAUGGUUAGUAUUUUUGUUGUCGUGUCAAUCUGAUCUGAAAGAUAUUGACCAAGACAUAAUUUAAAUGAUGUUCAGAGAUUUUUAGCCAUUGUACAUUUCAGGAAACUAAACUUGGAGCACUUUAGAUUUAGUUUGUAUUGCAGUUUUUCAUUCUGUGGAAAUGCACUAGUUUUCUUUUGUUGUCAUUUUCUGUAUUAACAAAAAUUUUCUUUAUAAUCUCAAGGGUCGUGUGUGUAAUUUAACGUUUAACCUCCAGACACCAGAGCACAGAGAUUGAUAAUAUACAGUGCAUUCAGAAAGUAUUCAGACCCCUUCAUUUUUUUCAAAUUUUGUUGUUGCAGCCCUAUGCUUUAAAAGCUUAAAAUAAUUUUUAAAAAAACACACAUCUACAUUCCAUACCCCAUAAUUAAAAAAAAAAUAAUUAUUUGAUAACUUUGCAAAUUAUUGAAAAGGAAAAUAUCACAUUGACCUAGGUAUUCAGACUCGACUUUGCUGUGACACUUGAAAUUUUGCUCAGGUGCAUCCCAUUUAUCUGGAUCAUCUACACUUUGAUUGGAGUCCACCUGUGGCAAAUUCAACUGAUUGGACAUGAUUUGAAAGGCACACACCUGUCAAUAUAAGGUUUUUAUCAGGAAAUAUCCCACUAUAUCUGUAUUCACCAUCAUCCGAUUCAAGAUCAAAAGU